GCCAGGCCAUGGGGGUGCAUACUCAUAUAUUGUAUUGUUUCCUUUCCGGCGCGCGCACGGUCUAUUUAUUCAUUGUCCUAUGUGUUGCAUGCUCCGUAGAUGCAUCCACGCGCGCGCGCACACUUCAAGGUUUUUUUCUUUCUUGUCCUUCUCAUGACUGGCCCGAACGGGGAAACGGGCAUGGGGACGAGAGUCCUAGAGCAGGACGAGGCGACACGGCAAUUUCUCCCCGGAGCCCGAGGAGGGAAUAGCUCUUCUUCCCCAUCCUACCCUCGGAAUCGGACGGAGUUUUCCCCUCUCUCUCUCUCUCUCUCUCUCUCUCUCUCUCUCUCUCUCUCUCUCUCUCUCUCUCUCUCUCUCUUCUUCCUUUGUGUCUAUCCUAUCACUCCCGGUGUAUCCGUGCCGCUUUCUUCGCUGUCGUUGACGGGCCUGGUGGCUGCUUGAUGUCUGAGGAUCCCCGAAUCUUGACAGCGGAUCUUUUACUCGGUUAGGAAUAGGUGAGGGGGGAUGCGAUGGGACGGGAUGUCUCUGGACGGAGCGGUGGAGGAAAGCCGCGGCGUCUAUCUAUGCUCGACGGG